AUGGGCUAUGGCAUCCAGAUUGUCCUUUUUACUAGUUGCGCGAUAUAUUUAUGGAACACACGCCGGACCAAAGGCCGACAGACAUAUUUCCUCCUUGCCUACAUGACACUUCUGCUCUGCGUCGAGACGAUCUACUGUGCCGUACAAGCACGUACGGUGCAGAUAAUGUAUGUCGACAAUCGAAAUUAUCCGGGAGGACCCUGGCAGUACUUCCUGGCUACGCAAAACCUUCCUGUUAAUGUUAUGUUUUACGCCAUACUAUUCGUCUUGACCUUCCUUGCCGAUUUGCUCAUUUUAUGGAGAUGUUGGGUUAUCUGGAGUGCAACUGGAAUUACCAUUGCGUAUGUUGCGAUAGCCUUCCCUGCUCUCAUGCUUUUGGCCUCCUUCGUGAUGGGCACCCUAUGGACGCUUCAAUCAAGUCAACCUGGUCUCUCACUAUACAGUGCGCUCCCAAUGGCCUACGGAACUUCCUACUACGUCAUCUCUCUCAGCGUCAACAUCAUCCUCACCAUCCUCAUCGCCACGAGACUCCUCUUAUACCGCAGGAAAAUGAUGGCGACCAUCGCCCCCGAACACGGAACGGAGUACUUCUCCCUCGCCGCCAUUUUCAUCGAAUCCGCCGCUCUCUAUUCCGUCUUCGCUAUUCUAUUCAUUAUCACUUAUGCCAUCGACAAUCCGAUUAACCAGGUCUUCCUCGCAUUUGCUACGUCGGCACAGCAAAUCGCUGGGUAUUUGAUCAUUUACCGCGUUGCAGAGGGACGGGCGCUGAACCAGAAGACGUUGGCUGCGACACAGCAGACGGCCCACAGCUUGGACUUCCAUGUAUCGAUACCCCACCAAAGUGAGUCGAACGCGACUGCCGCGUCGGAGGCUGCCAACGUCCCAGCACCGUUGUCCCCCGGAUCACCCAGACGCACCUCCGGCGGAUGGAGGCGUUGUCCACCUUUCUCUAUGUUCUGCUAA